CGUAGCGAGCUCUGUUUCGCUUGGUUUGGCACCUGUGCCUCUCUGAUUUGCAAGAAGUACCUACUGUUGUUGCUGCUCUAUUGUUUGUUAGCGCUAAACUCUGCUCUAGUCAUGAAAACAAGAUGGCAUUUAGCUACGGUCCCGCUGUAUUUAACGAAACAAUCCUCACAUUCAAUCUUUUUAUAGUACCAUAUUUAAUGAGUGAGCGGGUGCACAACUUGGUGUAACCUAAUUGUUAUGUGGUGAUAAUGUGUUUUCUUAUUCCAACAUUUUGAUAUGAUUGAAUUGAAAGGUGUACUUUCCAAUUAUUCAUAUUUUCAUUACAUCACAGGGGUACCCCUGUGCUCAAGAAUAUGUGGCACUUAGACUAUUGUAUUGUUUUCACAACAAAUCUAUAUAGUAACAAAUAUAUUGAUAGUCAAAGUUGAGGAGGUUUGACCUGUAAAAAUUUAAAUUAUCAUAUGUUUCCAAAAGGAGCACAUGAUUAGUUGCAUUUAAUAUGCUUCUGAUUUUGCUCUCAUAUUAGUUGCUAUGCUUUAAAUCCAUGUAACAAGGUAGUUAUUCCAGUAGGGUCGAGCAGCAAAACAUUCACCAAAGCAUCAUCAUCAUGUUUUUAGUGAAGUUAUUGUUUCCUAUUAUGUUAAUUCCUAAUUUAAUUGCUAAAAACAUUUUAGCUUGCAAUCCGAUGUUUGACAUACUUGUUUUAUAAAUGUUUGUUGACAUAUUUGCUUGAUUCUAAACUUUACAGAGGUGUUAUGGCGAAGCAUCCGUAUCCUGCUGUUGCUACAGCUACAGUAACAAAGAAGCGCAAAGCAAAGCUUCAGAAUACGGAAGUUGAUUUCACCGAGAAUGAAGAAAUGGUGACUGAACAUGAGGCUAAAACAGAGAGCAAGGGCACCACUGAUGAGCCUGUCGUGUGCAAGAGACCAAAGAGGGCAGCUGCCUGUUCUAAUUUCAAAGAGAAGGAAUUGAACUUAUCUGAAAAAGAUUUAUUUAUCACAGUCAAGGAAAGUAGGGUGGAAGAAUGGGAAAUAGAUGCUGUUACGUUGACAAAAACAGCACUUGAAGAUCGUCGACCUUCCAGAAAACUCAUUGAUUUCACCUUGCAUGAUGCAGAUGGUAACGUGCAGAUCGUCGACAGGUCAGACAUUCUGAAUCUCACGUCUUCCCUUUCUCAGUAG